AUGACGUUCUUAGAAGAUACUUUGAUCGUAUUGAUAUCUCAGAUUAUAUUUUUUGUCGGUGGUUGGAUAUUCUUUGUGAAACAACUUUUCCGUGAUUAUGAAGUUCAUCAUACACUGGUUCAGCUCAUAUUCUCCGUUACUUUUGCCCUCAGUUGUACUAUGUUUGAGCUUAUAAUAUUUGAAAUUAUUGGGUACUUAGACUCCAGCUCAAGAUAUUUCCACUGGAACUUGGGUCUUUAUUCUUUGCUGUUUAUGGUUAUAGCCCUCAUACCAUUUUACAUUGCAUACUUCUGCAUUAGUAAUAUAAGAUUUGUGUCACAGAACAUGAUUAGACCAUUGACUAUGUUUGUAUGGUUUAUAUAUUUGUACUUUUUUUGGAAGAUUGGAGAUCCUUUUCCAAUUUUAAGCCCCAAGCAGGGAAUAUUUUCUAUAGAGCAAGGAGUUUCUCGGAUUGGUGUGAUUGGAGUUACUGUUAUGGCUUUGCUGUCAGGGUUUGGUGCUGUUAACUAUCCAUAUACAUCAAUGGCUAUAUUUAUCAGGCCAGUUACGCAGGCCGAUGUGCUUUCGAUAGAGAAGAAACUUCUGCAGACUAUGGACAUGAUACUUGUUAAGAAGAAGAGGAUAGCAAUAGCAGAGUCGAACAGCAUAGGCGGGCGGCAGCAAUACAAUUUACUGGAUCAAUCCGGAGUCAAGAACCGAGGCUUUUGGACGAACAUUUUAUCUAGUGUUGGCAGUAUCACUAAUCCACUGAGCCAUGGAACUGAAAACAUAAACCAGCUGCGGCAGGAGAUAGCCGGCUUGGAGGAGCUGAGCCGGCAGCUGUUCCUGGAGGCGCACGACGCACGCACUAUGCGCGAGAAGAUCGACUGGUCCAGAACGUUCCAGGGGAAAUACUUCAACUUCCUCGGCUACUUCUUCUCGCUGUACUGCGUUUGGAAGAUCUUCAUCUCCACGAUAAACAUAGUGUUCGAUAGGGUCGGCAAAAAGGACCCCGUGACCAGGGGCCUGGAGAUCGUAGUCCAUUGGCUGGGGCUCAGCAUAGACGUCGCUUUUUGGUCCCAGCACGUCUCCUUCAUCCUCGUCGGCUGCAUAGUCCUCACCAGCAUCAGGGGAUUGCUGCUGACACUAACCAAGUUCUUCUACAAGAUCUCCUCCUCGAAGUCUUCGAACAUCAUAGUUCUGAUACUCGCCCAGAUAAUGGGCAUGUAUUUCUGCUCGUCCGUCCUCCUAAUGCGCAUGAACAUGCCGCCGGAGUACCGGAUAAUAAUCACCCAGGUGCUCGGCGAACUGCAGUUCAACUUCUACCACCGCUGGUUCGACGUGAUAUUCCUCGUCAGCGCGCUCACUAGCAUCCUCACUCUGUACCUCGCCCACAAACAGCCGUCCGUCAGC